GCAUGUAAACAAAGGGGAGGGCAGAUGAAGCGGCAGCGACCCAGCCGAGGGUGAUCUCUGCUGGAUGUUCUUGUGUCGACGAACGCGUCCGGACCAGAGGCUGACUGCGGGGAUAAAGCCACUCUGAAGCGAAUGAAGAAACAUCUAAUCUUUCACUUCACAUACAGAGGACUUCUAACGAGAGGAAAAAAGAGCAAGAGAAGAAAAUGGAGUAUAAAUUACGGAAAGCGGAACCCAGAGACGUGCCGGAUAUAUUACGACUGGUGAAGGAACUUGCAAAAUACGAAGAGAUGGAGAACCAGGUGGAACUGACUGAAAAAGAGCUCCUGGAGGAUGGAUUCGGUGACACCCCGUUCUACCACUGUGUCAUCGCUGAAAUCCAAGGAGAGAACAACAACAGCGACGGUCAGACGGUGGUCGGCUUCGCCAUGUACUACUUCACUUAUGACCCGUGGGUUGGCAAGCAGCUUUACCUGGAGGAGUUCUUUGUGAUGAACGAGUACAGAGGGCUGGGCAUCGGAUCGGAGAUCCUGCGGCAUCUCAGUGAUCUGGCGAUGAAGAUGCGCUGCACCGGCAUGCUGUUCGUGGUCGCGGAGAACAACGAGCCGUCCGUCCAGUUCUACAAGCGCCGCGGCGCCGAGGACCUCUCCGAGGAGGAGGGCUGGAGGCUGUUCAGGUUCGACAAGAACAGCCUCGUCAAGAUGGCCACUCCGGCCGAGGAAUGACGGGAGGUCGGGCGCGAGACGACGAAGGAGGAGGAGGAGGAAAGACGAGCGUCUGAGCAGAGACGCUGACUCCUCGACUUCUCUCUGCGUUCAAGCGGCUUGAUUCAUAGUCGAGCUUUAAAAAAGGGGAAUUCUGUAACCGUGAUAUGAUUCUUUGUCGCUCACAGCGUUUAGUCUGGCUUUUAUCUGCUGUCACUCUGAAUCAUUUGUGUUUGUUCUUAAAUUUCGUUAACCCUUUGUUAGUUUUAGUGCAUUUCUACGUGCAGGCUGCAGAUAUCACUUCAGUUUUCAAUAAAAUAAUCAUUGAUCACACGUCA